AGAUUCUCAUAAUUCAUGAAUGAACUGUUUGAGCUAAGCACGAAUAUCUUUUCUUUUGGGACGUCGGUUGUAUUUGACUGGCUAGCUGCAAAUAGCAGCAACUUUCUAAGAAAUAUGAUUGAGAUGCGAGUCCCCAAGGAUCUUUCACCGAAAUUUCAGCCAUCGAAUAAAAGUAGGGAGAAAGUAAGACCUGUAAAGUUAUGCUUGACAGCAGGUUGUUGAAAGAGAAGAAGGAUCGGUGACAGCAAGCAAUUUAAAGCAAAAUGGGAAAUCAAAUCGAUAUAGCAAGUUUGAUUUUUCUUCUUUCUUCUAGAACACUCCCAGGAUUCUUUGCUUGCAACUUUUGUUUUUUCUGGAAUUGAUACUGUGCCCACUUUCAUCAGCCCUAAAAGAUUCAUGGACAUCUUCAUUUCCACCUCUCCCCCAUUAAAUACACCCUCUCUCACCUUCCCUUCAGCAGUGUGCUCAUAGAUUGUUUUCCUUCUUUUGCAGACCUAUUCUCUCUCUUGAAUACUUUGAAUACUCCAUAUAAGAAAUUAUAAUUCUGAAAUUGCUUGAAUGGCAUCAAAGAGAAUACUGAAGGAGCUCAAGGACUUGCAGAGAGAUCCACCAACUUCAUGCAGUGCAGGUCCUGUGGCUGAGGAUAUGUUCCACUGGCAAGCAACCAUCAUUGGUCCAAAUGACAGUCCCUAUGCUGGUGGUGUUUUCCUUGUGACAAUCCAUUUCCCACCUGAUUAUCCUUUCAAACCCCCAAAGGUUGCCUUCAGAACCAAGGUGUUCCAUCCAAAUAUAAACAGUAAUGGGAAUAUAUGCUUGGACAUACUCAAGGAACAAUGGAGCCCUGCACUCACCAUAUCCAAGGUUUUACUCUCCAUAUGUUCAUUGCUUACUGACCCAAAUCCUGAUGAUCCACUUGUUCCUGAGAUUGCUCACAUGUGCAAGGCAGAUAAAAUCAAAUAUGAGUCAACCGCUCGGAGCUGGACCCAAAAGUAUGCAAUGGGCUAGAUCCUAUAUAUAUAUGUCUAUUAUAAAUUAAAGCACCUUCAAUUCUCUAUUCUUCCCGAUCUUAAACCUUCCAUUUUACUUAAAAAUAAAUAAAUAAGCCUGCCAUUUUGUCUGUCAUGAUGCCUUGUUGAGGUAUAGGGAUGGCCUGAGAUAGGCUUUAACUUUGUAAUUUGAGCAUCUCUUUGCUUGGAAUAAAUGGGUGGGCAACUUUUGAGCUUA